CCUCUUUCUCGCUCUGGCCCAUAUUUCAGUGGUCUCCAUCCACACAGUGAGGAGAUCCGGUGGCCCGACUCCUGCGCUCCACUCCACCACCACCACCAUCUUCGAGAUAAAGCAUUUGGCUUCAGGAUCUUAGAGCAGGAGCAGCCGCAGCGGCGGCAGUAGUAGUGGGCUGGCGCUGCAGUUGUGCUGGCACACAUUCAACGUGGGCGCACACAGGGAGAGAGAGAGAGAGAGAGAGAGAGAGAGAGAGAGAGAGAGAGAGAGAGAGAGAGAGAGAGAGAGAGAGAGAGAGAGAUCCGCCGCCGCAUCUUGUGGAUUUCUUUGCGCUCCAGUCCGUGUUCAUGGUUCUCCCUGCUUCUCCUCGCCCACAAACACGCCAGGAGUUGAUUUCACUUCUCGGGGAAAAAUGUGGAGUCGCAGAGUUGCGGCGGUCCUGGUUUUACUUCAGCUCGUCGGGGACUCGCUGGCGGGGUUUCCGAACCAGAUCAACAUCGGUGGACUGUUCAUGCGCUCCACAGUGCAGGAGCACAGCGCCUUUAGGUUUGCUGUCCAGCUCUACAACACCAACCAGAAUGUGACAGAAAAACCUUUCCACCUCAAUUAUAAUGUUGACAACUUGGAGUCCUCCAACAGUUUCUCUGUCACACAUGCCUUCUGCUCCCAAUUCUCCCGGGGAGUCUACGCCAUCUUCGGCUUCUACGACCGCAAGUCCAUGAACACGCUGACCUCCUUCUGCGGCGCCCUGCACACUUCCUUCAUCACGCCCAGCUUCCCCAUCGACGCCGACGUGCAGUUUGUCAUCCAGAUGAGGCCCAGUUUGAGGGGAGCCAUUCUCAGCCUGCUGGACCAUUACAAGUGGGAGAGGUUCGUCUAUCUUUACGACACCGACAGAGGCUUUGCAAUCCUCCAGGCCAUAAUGGAGUCGGCUGUAGCCAAUAACUGGCAGGUGACGGCUCGCUCUGUCGGGAACGUGAACGUCUCAACGUACACACAAAUCAUCAGGGAGAUGGACAACCGACAGGAGAAACGUUUUCUCAUCGACUGUGAGGUGGAUAGGAUCGACUUAAUACUCCAGGAGGUGGCGGCCUUAGGGAAGAACACCAGGGGAUACCACUAUAUCGUAGCCAAUCUGGGGAUCUCCAACACGAGUUUGGACAAGGUCUUUUCUGGUGGGGCCAACAUCACAAGCUUCCAAAUCAUCAACCCAGACAGCCCCAUCGUGCAGCAGUUCCUCCAGCGCUGGGAGCGCUUGGAUGAAAGAGAAUUUCCAGAAGCCAAAAACACUCCACUGAAGUACACAUCAGCACUGACCCAUGAUGCCAUCCUUGUGAUCGCGGAAGCCUUCCGGUAUCUUCGCCGCCAGCGAGUAGACGUGUCACGCAGAGGAAGUGCUGGUGACUGCCUCGCCAACCCCGCUGUGCCUUGGAGCCAAGGCAUCGACAUAGAGAGGGCACUCAAAAUGGUUCAAGUACCAGGUAUGACGGGGAACAUCCAGUUUGACACAUUUGGGCGACGGUCUAAUUACACAAUUGAUGUGUACGAGAUGAAGCCCAAAGGUCCCAGGAGGAUCGGCUACUGGAAUGAGUACGAAAAAUUUGUAUAUAUUAUGGAUCAGCAGGUCACCAACGAAUCCUCUUCUGUGGAAAACCGAACAAUUGUGGUCACUACUAUUAUGGAAGCGCCGUAUGUGAUGUACAAGAAAAACUAUCUGCAGAUGGACGGCAAUGACAGAUAUGAAGGCUACUGUGUCGAUUUAGCUUCUGAAAUUGCAAAGCAUGUGGGGAUAAAAUAUAAGCUGUCGAUAGUGCCAGAUGGAAAAUACGGAGCCAGAGACCCGGACACCAAAACGUGGAACGGGAUGGUGGGUGAACUGGUUUAUGGGAGAGCUGACAUAGCCGUGGCUCCUCUCACCAUUACGUUGGUACGCGAGGAGGUGAUAGACUUCUCUAAACCCUUCAUGAGCUUGGGAAUCUCUAUUAUGAUUAAGAAGCCUCAAAAGUCCAAACCAGGAGUGUUUUCCUUCCUGGACCCUCUGGCCUAUGAGAUUUGGAUGUGCAUAGUGUUUGCCUAUAUCGGCGUGAGCGUGGUGCUCUUCCUGGUGAGCCGUUUCAGCCCCUAUGAGUGGCACUUGGAUGAGAACGAUGAGGCCAAAGACCCUCAGAGCCCCCCUGACCCUCCGAACGACUUUGGGAUUUUUAAUAGCCUGUGGUUCUCCCUGGGCGCCUUCAUGCAGCAAGGAUGCGAUAUCUCACCAAGGUCUCUGUCUGGCCGUAUUGUCGGGGGAGUGUGGUGGUUCUUCACCCUCAUCAUCAUCUCUUCCUACACAGCCAACCUGGCUGCCUUCCUCACAGUGGAGAGGAUGGUCUCUCCCAUCGAGAGUGCAGAGGAUCUGGCCAAGCAGACGGAAAUUGCCUACGGCACGCUAGACUCUGGCUCAACUAAGGAGUUCUUUAGGCGCUCCAAAAUAGCCGUUUAUGAGAAAAUGUGGUCGUACAUGAAAUCGGCCGAACCCACCGUGUUUGUCAAGACGACACCGGACGGGGUCUCCCGGGUCCGGAAGUCGAAGGGCAAGUUUGCCUUUCUGCUCGAAUCCACAAUGAACGAGUACAUAGAGCAGCGGAAGCCCUGCGACACCAUGAAAGUGGGCGGCAACCUCGACUCUAAGGGCUACGGUGUGGCCACACCUAAAAGCUCAGCAUUAAGAACUCCUGUAAACCUUGCAGUAUUGAAACUCAGUGAACAAGGCAUCUUAGACAAGCUGAAAAACAAAUGGUGGUACGAUAAGGGUGAAUGUGGAACCAAGGACUCUGGAAGUAAGGUCAGUCGCUGCAGGUCUUUUUAUACUGAUGGCAAAAAUGCAUUUUACCUUCACUGUUCAUAUGCAGACAUUUAGAGCAUACAUCCUGAGACAUGUUGGCAUGAAACACAGUCACAAAGACUAGAUUACCUCCACACGCCGCAGUUUAGGUCAUUUACACACCAGGGCACUGAUGCUUUGCUUUAACUCCACGCCAUUACCUCUCUGUGCAAACACAUAAAACCGCAGCAUGAUUUACACACAGUUUGUAUUCAUCCCAUUUAACUCUUAAAAAGUUUUAACGCCAAGAACUGAAACCAUUGUACUGCUAUUUCUCAUCCAAACUUCUAUUGAAAUUUAGAUUUGCUGUUGGUCUUAUUCAUUUGUAUGUGGAGUUGUUGUGAAACCCUUUGACAAAAAAAGGAAGAAAAAAAAAAAACUUGGGCUGCUGUGCAGAAUGUUUCAAAACUGAAUUAAAACCAGAAAUUCAUUAUAAUUAUAAGGAAUUAACAUAGCAACAUGUUUUGUAAAAAGAGGGACAAGUAAUGUUUAGUGGUAGUUUCACUAGGGAGCAUCUGGGUGGUUGCCCAGGGUGGCGCCAGAGAUGGGGCACAGAUUUGUCUGGAACCUCCAUAGUUGGAGUUUUUGGUCGUUCCUUUGUCCCUCUCCUCUUAGCGAUGACAUGAUUGUCACCAAAAAUAGUUCUACAAUGCAACCUCAUGUGUAUUUGCACAUGAAUGUUUCCCUGAGCUGCGUCUGAUAUUUAUGAAUAAAUCAGGAGCAAUGGCGGCAACUCUGAUAACACCCUGUUUGUCAAAUGAAGGACAAUUUUUUAGCGUCCCGUCUCUUCUUUUUGAUAUGUUGCUAAAAAUGUCUAAGCUAUUUUCAACAAUCUCUAUGUUAUUGAAAAAGAAAUAGGUUAAAUUCUUCCCUUUUCUGCAUUUUUUGCAGCUGCCCAACUUUUUUUGAACCCAGAAAAGGUCAUUGUUGCCCUGACAAAACCAAAGUGACCCUUAAAUAGCAAGCGAGUGGCUCGGAGGUAUUUAAUGGUCAUAACGUGACGUAUGAUGAAUUGUCAGAGUAACAAACGUUUUUCUUACGCAUUUUCAAUUAUCAUAAAAUAACUAGUUUGCACACAAGUAAUCUGACUUUUACCACAUAAAAGCAGAUUUAACUGGUUUUGGAACCGUCCCAUUGGGUUUAAAUGCAAAUGGUAACACUUUCAGAAAUGAAUUUCAAUCUUACCGUUUGGCUUUUAAUAGCAGCAAAAUGGUUCAGUUCCCCUUUUUUACAGCUUGCUACUCUGACUGUACAGAUGCAGUGAUGUCAAGGUUGAGUUCAGCAGCUAUGCUAGUAAAUUGAAGCUAAUCUGUAGACCUGUACGACCACGACCGCCUUCCUCUAUGUGUGGCCUCGUAAAGAGACCAUAAAGCAGGAUAGUCGACAAGUCUGUCUACAUUCACCUUCUCAGAUUGAUUAAGAGGAGGAGGUCUGUACAUGUACUGUUUUUAGUCAGAUUAGGCAGAUAUACUUCAGGAUGUCUAUACACACGUUUAGCGACCUCCUCAGAGUAACUGCUAGAGGUAGAGCAGCAGUGUUCAUGUAGGAUUUGUGCCUCUCAGUGUCCGUUUAAAACCCCUUAAUGGUGGUCUGUACCUCCCCCAGGACAAGACAAGUGCAUUGAGCCUGAGCAACGUGGCAGGCGUCUUCUAUAUUCUGGUCGGGGGGCUCGGCUUGGCUAUGACCGUUGCUUUGAUAGAGUUCUGCUAUAAGUCACGGCAGG